CCUCGUUUCAAGUAUUGUGUUAUUUUUAUAAUACGGAUCUACAAUAUGUCUGGAAGAGGCAAAGGUGGUAAAGGACUUGGGAAAGGAGGCGCCAAGCGGCAUCGCAAAGUGCUCCGUGAUAACAUCCAGGGCAUCACCAAGCCCGCUAUCCGCCGCCUGGCUCGCCGUGGAGGAGUGAAGCGAAUCUCCGGACUGAUCUAUGAAGAGACCCGCGGGGUGUUGAAGGUGUUCCUGGAGAAUGUGAUCCGGGAUGCCGUCACCUACACUGAGCACGCCAAGAGAAAGACCGUCACCGCUAUGGAUGUCGUGUACGCUCUGAAGCGCCAGGCUCAACAAGCUGAUGGGAGGCGUCACCAUCGCUCAGGGCGGAGUGCUAGUUUGAAAAUGGCAAGAACUAAGCAGACUGCGCGUAAGUCCACCGGUGGAAAGGCGCCCAGGAAACAGCUUGCUACCAAGGCUGCUCGAAAGAGCGCCCCCGCUACCGGCGGCGUGAAGAAACCUCACCGUUACAGACCUGGCACUGUGGCUCUGAGGGAGAUCCGCCGCUAUCAGAAAUCCACCGAGCUGCUGAUCCGCAAACUGCCCUUCCAGCGGCUCGUCCGAGAAAUCGCUCAGGAUUUCAAGACCGACCUGCGCUUCCAGAGCUCCGCUGUGAUGGCGCUGCAGGAGGCUAGCGAGGCUUACCUAGUUGGGCUCUUUGAGGACACCAACCUGUGUGCCAUUCACGCUAUGUCUGGAAGAGGCAAAGGUGGUAAAGGACUCGGGAAAGGAGGUGCCAAGCGGCAUCGCAAAGUGCUCCGUGAUAACAUCCAGGGCAUCACCAAGCCCGCUAUCCGCCGCCUGGCUCGCCGUGGAGGAGUGAAGCGAAUCUCCGGACUGAUCUAUGAAGAGACCCGCGGGGUGUUGAAGGUGUUCCUGGAGAAUGUGAUCCGGGAUGCCGUCACCUACACUGAGCACGCCAAGAGAAAGACCGUCACCGCUAUGGAUGUCGUGUACGCUCUGAAGCGCCAGGGUCGCACUCUGUACGGAUUCGGAGGUUAAGGAUAUUCAUUGGCUGCAUUUGAACACAAAGGCUCUUUUCAGAGCCACCCACAAUAUCAACCACGAGUUUAAAUCCGUUUACUAAUCAUUCACUUUCUACAACAUGAGGAGUUGCUUUUUGGGUUAGGGUGUUAGUUAUAUAUUUAUGCAUGUUGUUUAUAUAUGUAUCUGCGUAAACUCUGAAUUCCAAUGACAUUGUAUGUAUAAUAUGCGUUUUGAGAGUUAUUUUUUUGUUUAAAGAAAGUUUGCAUUAAUAAAGUACGGAUAAUGUAUUAACGAGCUAAUUUAAUUAAGGUAGUAUGUUGAUGUAAACUAGGGAAAGAGGUAUUGUUCUAAACUUGAACAGUCUUAAGCAAAAACACCGCUGCUUAACUUUAAUAUUAACAAACUGCUGAUACCGCAGAACUAGCGGUGUGUUCACUGGAAACCCCUUCCAGCUCUCCUAACAGGAGGCUGCCUGUCACCGGGGGAAUGCGCUGCUCAGAUCUGCGGGAUUAUACAGCGGGUGUCGAGGCCGAGUGGGUAAGACGAUGGACUGGGAAUCCAUUGGGGUCUCACCGCGCAGUUUCCAAUCCUGCAGACAACGUCUGUCUUCCAAUUUAAAAAUGCGCGCCAAGAGGAAACAAGACAAACCGCAGCAGAACAGCGCCAAACCAGAAACAGCGGGCAGGGAAUGAUACAACCAAUCAG